AUGAUGAGCUUCGGUGGCGCAGAUGCGCUGCUGAGCGCCCCAUUCGCUACGCUGCCGGGCGCUGGCUGGUUCUACGCCCCGGGUCGCAAGGGUGGCGCGCGCUCGGCGGCCGGCUCGUCCAGCGGCUUCCACUCGUGGACCAGGACAACAGCCAGCUCCGCGUCGGUUUCUCCGAGCCGCUUCCGCGCUGCCGCCGCCGCUUCAAGCACGGAUUCUCUGGAUACUCUGAGCAACGGGCCAGAGGGCUGCGUUGUGGCAGCAGUGGCGGCGCGCAGCGAGAAGGAGCAGCUGCAGGUGCUAAAUGACCGCUUCGCCGGCUACAUCGACAAGGUGAGGCAGCUCGAGGCUCACAACCGCAAUCUGGAGGGCGAGGCGGCGGCGCUGCGGCAGCAGCAGGCGGGCCGCGCAGCCAUGGGCGAGCUUUACGAGCGUGAGGUGCGCGAGAUGCGCGGCGCCGUGCUGCGCCUGGGCGCUGCACGCGGCCAGCUGCGGCUGGAGCAGGAACACCUGCUGGAGGACAUCGCGCACGUGCGCCAGCGGCUGGACGACGAGGCCCGGCAGCGCGAGGAGGCCGAGGCGGCGGCGCGCGCACUAGCUCGCUUCGCUCAGGAGGCUGAGGCGGCGCGGGUCGAAUUGCAGAAGAAGGCGCAGGCACUGCAAGAAGAAUGUGGCUACCUGCGGCGUCACCAUCAAGAGGAGGUGGGCGAGCUGCUUGGCCAGAUCCAGGGCUGUGGCGCCGCGCAGGUGCAGGCGCAGGCCGAGGCGCGCGACGCUCUCAAGUGCGAUGUGACAUCCGCGCUUCGCGAAAUUCGGGCGCAACUGGAGGGCCACGCAGUGCACAGCACGCUGCAGUCGGAGGAGUGGUUCAGAGUGAGGCUGGACCGACUGUCAGAGGCAGCCAAGGUGAACACAGAUGCCAUGCGCUCAGCACAGGAGGAAAUCAUUGAGUACCGGCGUCAGCUGCAGUCCAGGACCACAGAGCUGGAGGCCCUCAAAGGUACCAAGGACUCAUUGGAGAGGCAGCGCUCUGAACUGGAAGACCGGCAUCAGGCUGACAUUGCUUCCUACCAGGAUGCCAUUCAGCAGCUGGACUCUGAUUUGAGGAACACCAAGUGGGAGAUGGCAGCCCAGCUCCGAGAGUACCAGGACCUGCUCAAUGUCAAGAUGGCUCUGGAUAUUGAGAUUGCUGCUUACAGGAAACUCCUAGAAGGAGAAGAGUGUCGGAUUGGCUUUGGCCCCAGUCCUUUCGCCCUUCCUGAAGGACUCCCCAGAGUUCCCUCCAUAUCUGCCCACAUAAAGGUCAAAAGUGAAGAGAAAAUCAAGGUGGUAGAGAAGUCAGAGAAGGAAACUGUGAUUCUAGAGGAACAGACAGAGGAGAUCCAAGUGACUGAGGAAGUGGCUGAAGAAGAAGAAAAGGGGGGCAAAGAGGAGGAAGGAAAGGAAGAAGAAGAGGAGGAAGCAGUAGGGGAAGAAGAAGAAGAAGCAAAAUCUCCUCCAGCAGAAGAAUCUGUAUCCCCAGAGAAGGUCAAGUCCCCUGCAAAAGAAGAAACAAAAUCACCGGCUGAGGACAAAUCCCCACAAAAGGAAGAAGCCAGGUCACCAGCUGAGCUGAAGUCCCCAGAAAAUGGCAAGUCCCCUGUGAAGGAAGAAGCAGCAUCUCCAGCUGAGGUCAAGUCCCCUGAGAAGGUCAAGUCCCCUGUGAAGGAAGAGAUCAAGUCUCCAGCUGAGAUCAUGUCCCCUGAGAAGGUCAAGUCCCCUGUGAAGGAGGAGGUCAAAUCUCCAGCUGAGGUCAAGUCCCCUGAGAAGAUCAAGUCCCCUGUGAAGGAAGAGAUCAAGUCUCCAGCUGAGAUCAUGUCCCCUGAGAAGGAAGAGAUCAAGUCUCCAGCUGAGAUCAUGUCCCCUGAGAAGGUCAAGUCCCCUGUGAAGGAGGAGGCCAAAUCUCCAACUGGGGUCAAGUCCCCUAAGAAGGUCAAGUCCCCUGUGAAGGAAGAGGCUAAGUCUCCAGCUGAGAUCAUGUCUCCUGAGAAGGUCAAGUUCCCAGUGAAGGAAGAGGUCAAGUCUCCAGUUGAGAGAGCUAAGACACCAGUGAAGGAGGAAGCCAAGUCUCCAGUGGAAGUAAAGUCCCCAGAGAAGGCCAAGUCCCCUGUGAAGCAAGAAGCAAAGUCCUCUGAUAAAGCCAAGACUCUUGAUGUGAAAUCUCCAGAAGCCAAGACACCAGUGAAGGAGGAAGUAAGGUCCCCUGAAGACAUCAAAUCCUCUGAAAAGGCCAAAACUCCUGUUAAGGAGGAGGUUAAGUCCCCAGGGAAGGUCAAAUCUCCCAUGAAGGAGGAUGUCAAGGAUCCUGAAAAGGAGGUCACAAAGAAGGAAGAGGUGAAGUUCCCCAUGAAAGAAGAGGAGAAAUCCCAGGAGGUUAAAGUCAAAGAGCCCCCAAAGAAGGUAGAGGAAGAGAAAGCUCCAGUCACACCAAAAACUGAGGAGAAGGACAGCAAGAAAGAUGAGGUACCCAAGAAGGAGACUCUGAAGUCUAAGGUUGAGGAGAAGAAGGAACCUGCUGUAGAGAAACCCAAAGAAUCCAAAGUUGAAGCCAAGAAGGAAGAUACUGAAGAUAAGAAAGAAACAGUGACCCCAGAGAAGGAAGCUUCUGCCAAGGUGGACGUGAAGGAAGAGGCUAAACCCAAAGAGAAGACUGAUGUGGCCAAGAAGGAGCCAGAUGAUGCCAAGGCCAAAGAACCCAGCAAAUUAGCAGAAAAGGAACUAGAAAAGCCUAAAAAGGAAGAGGCACCAGCAGCACCAGGAAAAAAAGAGACCAAGGAGGAGAAAGCCACAGAGGCCAAGAAGCCUGAGGAGAAACCCAAAGUGGAGGCAAAAGCCAAGGAGGAGGAAAAGACUGUCAUAAAAGAGCCCAGCAAACCCAAAACUGAAAAGGCUGAGAAAUCUUCUAGCACAGACCAAAAAGACAGCAGGCCUCCAGAGAAAGUCCCAGAGGACAAGGCCACCAAGGGGGAGAAAUAA